UUCUCUCGACUCUUGAUAUCUCACACCAACUUAACAAACAGUCCCCCUGCAUCAUCACCUUUCCUCUCGACAGUCGACAUAAUCGAUAGACUCGAUACCUUUGUGUUCCAUAUCCAAUGGCGCCCAUUCACAACUUUGUCCUUGUGAGCUGUCUUCUCCUGCUCUCCUCCUUCGUAAACCCCUCCACCGCGACCUCGAGGAUGCUGGCUCUUGUUCAACAGCAGCCGCUGGUUCUCAAGUAUCACAACGGCGUUCUUCUGAAAGGCAAUUUCACGGUGAACAUUAUCUGGUACGGUAAGUUCUCCCCGGUCCAGCGCUCCAUACUCGUCGACUUUUUUCAAUCCCUGAACGCCCCUCGGCUUCGUGCUGCUCCCUCCGUCUCGUCGUGGUGGGGAAUUACUGACAAGUACAAAGUGGGUUCUAGCAAACUCAUCUUAGGGAGGCAAAUCCUGGACGAGGAAUGCUCUCUGGGGAAGUCUCUCAAGACCUCUCACAUCGUUGCUUUGGCUGCCAAAGGAGACCACAAGAACGCGAUCAACGUGGUCUUCACGGCCAAAGAUAUUGUUGUAGAUGGAUUUUGUAUGAGCCGUUGCGGCACCCACGGUUCUGCUUUGGGAACUGCGGGAACAAAGAAGAGUAAGUUCGCCUACGUGUGGGUCGGUAACUCGGAGACUCAAUGCCCCGGCCAGUGCUCCUGGCCCUUCCAUCAACCGAUUUACGGUCCACAGACACCGCCGUUGGUGCCUCCGAACGGCGAUGUCGGGGUCGACGGCAUGAUUAUUAACCUGGCGACGGUGCUGGCAGGGACGGUGACCAAUCCAUUCAACAGCGGUUUCUUUCAGGGGCCACCGAGCGCGCCAUUAGAGGCCGUGUCAGCUUGUACUGGUAUUUUCGGAAAGGGAGCUUACCCGGGUUACCCAGGUGAGGUAUUGGUGGAUAAGACCACGGGGGCUAGCUACAAUGCGCACGGCGUCAACGGACGGAAGUACCUGCUCCCAGCCAUGUGGGACCCAAAAACAUCUGCGUGCGCAACGCUUGUGUGAAGUUAGGAAGGCGUAUGUGGUGGGUUGGUUGAAUCUAUACGUAUGUAGAUACACGGUUGCAGAUAGUAUAUGUAAUUAUGUAUACGGAAUGGAACUUGUCAUUUUGCUCUGCCCUUGUACAA